UGGUUAUGAGCGUCUUGGACGAGUCAGGGAUCCUAGAGGAAAGGCGAGACAACCGUCCUCGCUCGAAUACAUGGCCCCUCCCAGACCCUUCGGAGUUUACAAAACCCGAACGUGAUGUCGAUCAGCCUAGCUUGAAACAGCUCAGCACAAGCGAGGGGCCGAAGAAAAGUUCGCGAAAAAAUGCUUGGGGAAACUUGUCGUAUGCAGACUUGAUAACUCAAGCGAUUCAGAGCUCGUCAGAGCAACGGCUGACACUGUCACAGAUUUAUGACUGGAUGGUGAACACAGUUCCCUAUUUUAGAGACAAGGGAGAUAGUAAUAGUUCGGCGGGUUGGAAGGUAAGCUUAAAUGUCAUUUCCUCUUAUGCAGUCUAUCUUUUGAUUUGCCGUCUUUAACAGCUGACUGGCUCCCUAAUUUCACUUUCGACGCAUUGUAUACCUAAAGUAACACAGUGCCUAACAGUGAUUUUUCUCUUGUCUCGCUUUUCCUUGCAGAAUUCAAUACGCCACAACUUAUCCCUUCACAGCAAAUUCGUCAGGGUUCAGAACGAAGGUAAUGGCAAGAGUUCGUGGUGGAUGCUUAAUCCUGAUGCCAAAGGGGGUAAAACGAGUCGGCGACGUUCAGGCUCACUGGACUCUGCUCCAAAAUCAGAGAAAAAGCGCGGACGAUCGAGAAAGGAGAAAAUUAAAGAAGAAGACGGCGACUCGCCUUCUAGUCCUCGCCUGUCAGUUAGCCGGGCGCGUGAUGCAAACCGAGCCAGCUCUCCGGGGAAUGUUUCGCCGACUAAUAGCUCGAGCUCAGAUUCUUUGCUUACAAUUCCAGAAACUGAAUCCCCAUUACCUUUUCCACUUGGUGACAGUUUUGCCAGACCGCGAACUUCGUCGAAUGCCUCGACAGUCAGCAGUCUUGGUGGUCGAUUGUCGCCUAUACCAGCUCAUGGAGAUGAACUCGAAUUAUGCGGCGAGGAUCCUAUGCCUCCGAAUAAUUUCAGUAUGGUUAACAAUCCAAACUCCGCAGCCGAUGAGCUGUCGCAAAUGGCUGACUCGAUGACUUUGAACUCGUUUGCCGCUGAAAAUAACAACAGAUUAAAACAAACUUUGACGCCAGUACAACCUCAGCUACUUCCGUCCGAACCUCACAGUGACAUUAGCGGCAUGGCUGUAUCGAACAGUAUCACUUCUAGCAUAUCAUCAAACAGCUUUGACACUGGCUACAAUAGCAGUGGAUAUUUACAACCUAUUCAACACCCGCAACAGUCUCUCAGUCCAGAGAUACUUCCCCCGCAAACUAUCGCCGCCCCUCAACCUGUGUUUGGUAAUUUGCGAUCGUAUUCGCAAGCUCCAUUGCAACAAUCCCAUUAUCAGAGGAACUUUCGACAAGAAUUGUCGGCACCCCGGCAGAGCAGUACCCCUGUGAGGGUAAAUAAUAUAUACUGUGAGGACCAAGACAUGGAGGUUCAACAAACGCCAGAAAAUUUGUAUCAGAAUUUUCACGCCACUGGCUUUCCUAAUAGUAACCCCUGUGUUAAUGGGUUACCACAAAAUCAUCAGAGCUUUAAUUACAUAGCAGAACCUCGAUACCUUCAGCAACAGCAGCAAGUUACACCGGCCUCGCUUAUGAUGCAGCAGGAAAAUGGACUACAACAUCCUUUGCACCAGCAGGGGAAUCCAUUCAACAGGGAAUUCCGGACAACAAAUAAUAACCAGCUGGAGUUUAUGAACGAGAAAUUCCCGAGUGAUUUAGAACUGGAUAUGGACAAUUUCAAUGGAGAUCUGGAUUGUGACAUUGAAAGGAUAAUCUAUGACGAACUAAAAGAUGGUGGCUUUGAUAUAAACAUAGAGCAGUUUUUUAAUCAGAUACCUAAUGUAGGGGAGCUACGCAGUGGUUUGUACUGAUUUAAAGAUUAACCUAUUGUACAUAUACUGAGAUUUUGUAGCAGAACUAAUUAAGGACUACACGCUUGUUCUAAAAAUGAAAGUGAUUUUGUGAAUCCAUCCUUUGAGGUCUGCGCCUUCGGGGUCAACGACUGCCUGAAUAUUCUUUACUUUUGGUGUAUCUGUAGAAUAUUGAUGUUCUAUUGAAUCCUGUAUUUGGCAGAAAAUCACAGCUGAAGAAUCUUCCAUGCCACAGGUGUGCAGUGUGGCCUGGUCAGAUAGGUGCUAUGGCACAUAUGUGGGAAUUACUUCACAUCUGUGCUAAAAGAUAGAGCCCUUUUGAUUGCUGACGUGCUUACUAUUAUUACACAUUUUUAUUGAUAAUACAUAAGGCUAUUGAUAUCGCUGUAUUCUCAUCUCUAAAAGCAGUAUUUUAACUGUAAUAAUACUACAGUUAUUGGAGAAAUUGUUUUUGUACAUGUAUUGAAUUACCCCUCAAUGGUUUGCUUUGCCAGAAAGGACAGAGGAAUCAUUCGGUUGAUAUAAAUAAGGUUUUCCAAGUUCUCUGUUUUUUGAAAAUUGUUGGAAGUCUAUUUAGGUUCGACAUGAGUACCAGUAGUGGCUGUUGGUCUGGGAGUUUUGAUUCAGGCUUAUUUUGUGUAAAACUCUGGUCGCUCUAAAGUUAAUGUUUUAAUAUAUUGACUGUAAAAAUAGUGUUGGUCAGUUUUGAGUGUUUUGUGAUAUGUUUGGCUUUGUGGCAGCAAUCCUGUCUAGAAAAAGAUUUGUACUUGUACAUUUUAUACCAGCUGACAGCAUUAUUUUUAAAUGGAGUUAAGUUGUACAGUUUAUAGAAUUUUUCUUAAAGUUAUUGUCCGUUUGCUGCGUGUUUGCCAAAAUAAUUUCUGCUCUUAUGUUACAAAGGGCUGAUCAACAAGUUGGUAUGUGUAGAAGAAGCCUAUAGCUAUUCUGAGAGAAAUUGAAUUGUAUCAGGCUAUAGAUUCAAUAGCAGUGCUUUGUAAUAUUGUGAAUAUGAAUUAUUAUAACAGGGCAAGACUUCUUUAGAAUUUAGUUAUAUUGGUUGCAAGAAGUUGUGGCCACUGUGUCACAAAAAUUAUAUAUAAAUAUACAUAUAUAUGUCAAUGCUAUAUGCCUAUAUUUAUGGUAUUGAAGACAAUAAAUUAUUUUCUGUUGGCAGUUUUCUCAUUUAUUAAUUUCAUUAAUACCAAGGUUGCAAACUACACCACAGAAAAUAAUAGAAUAAAUACGGGUGUUUUCAUGCAUUUUGCUUCUUUCCUACUACAGGUGCUUGCAGUUAGGGAUAUUUUUUUCACAUUCUAUUCUUGAGGCUGUUUUUAAUGUUAUCUUUGAAAUUCAAACAAGCACAUCACUUCCAUGUGCUUGCAUCGUGGGUUUCUGUUGGUAAAAUUUAUGCAAAUUCAAAGAGCUCACUAAAGGAUUGGGUUAUUGUCACUUUAGAAUGUUACCCGCAGAGAAGACAGGUUCAAUUGUUGUACUCUCCCUGAGUACAAAGCCCCCUUUGUUUUCCAGUGUCAUUUAGUUCAAACGAACGAUAUCAGUUCGGCUGGCCCUUGGGAAUAUCAAAUCAGCUGUCGUAUUGAAGUGCCUUGAUUGUCUCGAUCUCGUGACUUAAAUGGCAAAGCACAUGAGUGUAGGUCAAGUCUGUCAUGGUGUAUUUUAAUUCCUCGCGUUUUAUGUUUCUUCGCUUGCAAUCAAUUUCCAGUUUUCUGCGUACGUCUGGCGCGCUCAUUAAUGAAUGUUAUAACUACGCAUCACGUAUCUUUUAUUCCAAAUGACCAGAGGGGACGGAAAAAUGAGAUUCAAGAAGGGUUUUGUGUGGUAAACGAUAAGAAAUUGCACCUUUUUAUCCGGGCGCACUGAUUGAAGCACAGACAUUUCCGCUGCUUUGUCUUGUAGUCUUUGUUUUGUUGGGUCACGCAUGGCUAAAACCACGCUAUAUCUGUACAUGGCUGUGUUCUUUUUUGUAUUAAUUACUUCAUACCUGGAGGGGCCCAAUAUCAACCGAGCAAUACAUUCGCAAGGAAGGGGAAACGCAGGCUAUUUGUAUUAUAAAAAAUCUUGUCGGAAAUAUUUCACCCGAUGAAAGAAAACAUUAGGCUUUCGAAGGUGAAGCUCUCUUCCUUUUUAGCUGAAGCCGCUUAUCUGCCGUAAUAACAAGCAAAAUAUAAUGGGGUUCUUACGUAAUUAGUCAAAUAUUACAUUCUACUUGCUUUUUUCGCUGCAUCUUCGCGCGCGGGAAAUUCCUUGGCAACCUGUGCAAUUGUGUGAGUGUUAUCACGAUUUUUGUUAGACGUUUUUCCAGCAGACUUGAUCUGCGAAAAAAAUGGUCCGAUUCGGGAUAAAAGUAACACUAAAGAAAUGUUAAAGAUUAUCAAAAGUUUUUUUUUCCUCAGACAGUUUUUGCUAUGUCCUGAUUAUCUUAAAUAAAUAUGACAAAUUGCAGUCAUUGCAUCAGAUCUAAAAUACACCUGAUACCCCUGUCAAAUGACAGGACAUUCCAUUAAGGCUUAUACAUAGACACCCAGUAUUGAGAGCCUGCAGUACUCUGGAACACAUUCGCGUCCAGGACAUGCUCAUUUCGGAAAUGUGACUUCGCGCGCGAAAGUCAGCAGAAAAAUAUCUUUGUUUAUGUCUGUUUUUUCGCCUGCAUACUGCCGAUCUGUCAGAAAAUGAUCGAAGGCUGCAUAGUGGCAAAGCUAGUACUAGGUAAGUUUAUAAACUGGUCGAAAUUAACAGACGGGAUGGGUGUUUGAUGUCGAAUAUCGAAGGAUCUGAAUCGAAAGCGGUGCUCGAAGUUCGUAGCUUCAAAGCUUGAUAAAUCAAAUCGCUUAUUGUAUACUAUAUACACAUUUUUAUCAGCAGCGUAAUCGAUGAUUUCACUCUGCUGAUUUUGCUACCUUAAUUCAUGUUUAAACCGAGGUUUAUUCAUGGUCAUUCAAGCUUAAGUCACCCAUGAUAUUUUUGUAACGUAUCACACAGAAAAUACCAAGCUUACACUACUACCUGCGACUAGACCAGGGUAAAGCCUGGUUCUCAUAUGAUGCCAAUGUAUCUGCGACGUGGUCGCCAGUACCGCCUGGGACACUUCUCGGACGAAUGAGAACUUGUGCCGCCGGCAACUAGAGCCAUUGCAGGGCUCAACCACCGGGAUGCCUGCGACGUUGAACUUGAGUCAACUUCGCAGGCAUGCUGGGGGUGAAGACUGGAAUGAGCAAUGUUGCCGGCCACUUCUGUUCUCAUAUCGGAACAGUAUCCUAGGCAGUACCAGCGGCCAUGUCGCAGGUGCAUCGGCGGCGUAUGAGAACCAGGCUUAAGAAGCAGUAGGCUUAUGUAAUCGUAAAUUAAGCUUAUGUUUAUUGCAACAGGGAAAGUAAUAACAUCGAUGAAUCAGGGUGAAUAAAAAUAUUAUUGAGUGAUGUAUGAAUACAAAGAGGCCACCAAAGCUAAAGCACUGUUCCCAUAACAAUAAUCACUACAAUAAAAUUACAUGCAUUUCUUUGAUUAAAGAGAAAGACCAGGAAUUGUACAUAAUUUAUCACACUUAACAUAGCAAUUGGAUGUUGCCACAAUUAGUGGACUAGAGACACCUGAUAGCCCGCUUUACAGGUGUUAUUUUUACGGUUUUUUCCGGGCAAGUGAAGGCAAACGCAAAGCAUGCGAGGAGUGCCAGACAAGUGAGACGGGAGAAGGUGUAGAAAAAAUAAUGCCUGUCCACACACCAUUGUUUGUGCUCCUCCGACGUUCAUGUGGUGAAUGUAGCUGUCCAUUUGGCUAAUUGAUAUGAAACGGUAAAAUGGUUUUGGUAGUACACUUUCCAGAGGAUUCUUUCGUUUUUCUUCUGUAUAUUUUGUUUUUUACUGUGCAGUGUUAUAUCACAGCCAUUGGUUGCUGAGUCAAUAUAUUAAAGUAAAUAUAUAUGAGUUGUUCUGUCCAAUCAGCCCGGAUCAUGGUUAAUCACUCCAUGAAAUAUCCUGGAAUUGUCACUCUCUUUGCAAUACAAGCAAGUUUUUUUUUACUUUAUUCAGGGAUCAAUAAAAAUAGGUGGCAGCUGUAAUCAGUUUUAUCAGGAGCUGAUUGUUGGCUCCCUGUUUAAUCAAUAGCCCUGUCGAUAGCUUAGCUUAUCACUGUACAAGACAAUCUCCUGAUCUCAAAGACUCCAAACGGCUACUGGGCUUAAAUGUCUUUAAAAAAGUCUUGAAGAUUGAGUCUUCACUCGCCAAACAUCUGAUAUUCUGCAGAUAGUGAAUAAUGAUAUUAGUACAGUAAACACCCGCAUAUAAGAACACACGAUUUUGGAGGUCAGGCUGAUUGAGUUCUUAUUUAUCGGGUGCUUAAUCACAAAUCAGCCUCAAAAUGUUCUUAAAUUUUUAUUAAGUAAUACUAUCCAAAACAUGUUGCUAGAGGUAUAUUUUAAGCAUAUUUUAGCAAAAUAAAAUAAAUAAUUAUCCAGUAAUUUGAUCAUAUUAUAUAUUAUAUUAUAUCAUAAACUUACAUGCUUUGUAAUCAUGACACUUUUUCCAUUUUAUAAGAACAAGUUACAAUUUUCAGGCUAAUCUUGUUCUUAUAAAAAUGGGGCUUUAUUGGCCAAAUUUCAGCCUGGUGUUCUUAAUCCGCUUGUUCUUAUAUGCAGGUGUUUACUGUACUUCAAACUUUCUUGAGAUAAAGAAAGUAAACAUGGCUGUUUUGUUUCAUCAGCAAUUUGACCUUUUUGAACUUUCUUGUUAGUAUACAUUGUUCAAACGUUGUGAUUCGUUCUUCAUUUAGGGGUGUGUCAGGGGCAGAAGAGCACAAACAAUGGUGUAUGGACAGGCUUAACUUUUUCUGUGCCUUUCCCCGUUUUGCGUGUCUGGCGCUCCUUGCUCGUUUCAUUCUUGCUUUUGCUCGCCCGACAAACAAAAAAAAAUAACGUCUAUUAUGCUACUACCUGAUUGCUGUAAUCACUGAGCCAUCCUUAGCAACUGUAGAGUUCACAAGGAAACAGGGCUUAAACAUAAGAGAAUUAAAGGCUUCUUUGUGCUAGAGUGACUCUGGUUGUUAGAUUGAGAGUCCUUAGCAAACCUGGGGUGGGUACUCUAAUAUAUUUUGGGAGCAUAAUGCCAAAAUGGGCAAAAAUGAUACCGUAUUUAAGGAUUGAGACUCUCAAAAACCAUACCCUUUAAGGUGGCAUGUGCGCUCAUCUCUGAGCUGCACUGUACCUAUGUAGUCCAUAUACGGGAGUUCCUCCCCCUGCCCCCCCCUACCGGGUUAGUAGACCACCCUUUUGCGAUAUUGUAACGUACAGGCAAAAUUCUCAGUGUGUUCUAUUUAUUAUUGGGGAAUGACUUUUGCUUAUGCAGAGCAGAUUGAUCAGGAUUGUAGGAAUCAAAAUGCCACUUAAAUUUCACAUUGACUGUUGUAAUAUUUCUAUGGUAGCCUUGUUCCAAAUAAGGAAUGCUGAUUGGUAUAUGAUUGACAUUAAACCUUGAUUUGUUGAUUUUUGGGAGUCUUGAUGUGUCUGAAUAUUUAGACUGUAAUAGUGCACUACUAUGGUUUUUCACUACUGCCUUUUCUCGUGCCCUAAAUGUGAGCCUCACACCUGUGGGCUAAAAACUUUCAUCUCAUGCCUAAGCACGCCUAAACAACAAUUUCUUGCACUUAGCUGGGGAAAGUUUUGAGGUACUGUCUCUCUAGCUAAACGAGCCACUUUCAAAAAACUGCACUAAGAGUACUCUAUGCAGCUGACUGUACUUUUCUGAUUUUUCUUUCCAUCACUGAUUGUGAUGACGUGAAUUUUUAAAGGUUGGAUAACUUUUGACUGAGGUCUCAGAUGUUUCAGUAGUUGACUUUGACUUCUUCCAGUUACUUAUCAUGAUGAGAAGUUCAGAAAUCUUUUGACAUUUUGCUUCUCAGGAUAUGCUGAGUUUUCUUCUAAAUUCCUUGCUUUCUAAGGAUUAAGAAUUAUCUCUGUAAGUGCGAAGAUGUGGGCUAGGAAAAAUAAAGGAGCGUGGUGCUCUCAGAACCUGUAAAAUUCAAGACAUCUACAGGGUUGUCAUUAAGAGCCGGGGGCCGGGGAUUUUCCCCGGCUACUAAGAGAGUGGUCCCCAGCUACUUUUAUUGGAAAAUAGAAGAAAAAUAGAACCAAAAGAAAUCCCUAGCCGUUUGAUUCCCCGCCUACUUGUUGUGUUUACCUGGCAACUUGAAAUCUUAGUGACAACCCUGCAUCUAGCAUAAGAGUUUAGCUGAGCCCUUCCUCCUAACCUCCUCCCCCUCAACAUAAUAAUAUUAUUGACUUUCCUGGUCACAUCUUGUUUUCUUUAACCUUGUCUGGUUUUAUGAAAUUGGCUCUUCAGUGAUUUUAUUACCUCUGCGUCCCGCGUCCCUGAGGCAUAAAAAUCCCCAAAGACGCAAAAUAAUUAUUUUGUGGUAUGCGUCCCAUAGGAUGCAAAGAUCAAUUGAGCCAUCUGAAGAUGUUUUUGUAGAAUGUCCUGUUUGUGUGAUUUGUAGCUCACAAGGAAGAGCCGACAUGAAAGACCAGGGCUGGAAAGGUUAAAUAAACAUGUAAUGUACACUGCAAACUGUUAUUCACCUUACAAAUUAUUAUCUAUAGCAAUAUUACUGCAUGCUGUUUGCUAUAUCAUCUUUUUAACAAGUCUUACAAUCUAAUGUAUAUGGUCUGUCCUAUUGUAGGUUACUUGACAGAGGAGGGACUUCACAGAACUUGUGCUUCUUUUCGGGAAGAAUGCUCUCUUUUUCACAAUGGCAACAAUAACUUGGACCAGGUACACUGAAGAAGGGUUCUUGUGAAUAUUUUUCUUGCCACCAUAGCUUGUGGUUGUACAAGUCAUUCAAAGUCACACUCUCAUUCAAAGUCUUUUAACCUUGAUGACUCAUUAUCACCAUCAUUAUCACCUCUUAUUACCGUUGUCUUUGUUAGUACAGUAGAAGCUCAUGUAAGCAUGCGCAGACACCCUCGGGAUGCAAAAAAGGUGUCCUGGAGCUUGCCACUUACAAGAAUGAUUCUUGUAUGCGGCCUCCAGAGGGGUAAGAAGAGUUAACCCUUUAAGUCCCAAUAGUGACUAAUGUCAAUUUCCUCCUAACGAUAUCCAUACAAUGUCAAGAGAUUAGGUUAUGAGAAUUAGUAAAAUGAUCACCUAGGGGAAAAUGCCUUGAUCUUUUAUCAAAUUCUCUCAAUUUAUUCUUGAAGGAAAUGUAUAGAGAUCAGUUUGGAGAAUUUGUAUGUGGAUAUUGGGGCUUAAAGGGUUAAGUGGCUGCUAAUUACAGGAGCUUACACCGUUAAAGUAAACAUUACGAAUGUUAAAAAACGUUUGUUAGUGUUUAGCUAUACUGUUGUUCUCACAAUGUUGUAAUUUAGUCAUAGGCAUAAAAUUCAAGUGGUCUUUUGAAGUGUAAAUGGGGGGAUGUUUAUAUGAAAAAACCAACACUGAAACUGAUAAAAAUUCAUUGUAAAGAACAGUGAUUUGAAGUUGUACAAGAUUCAGAGGAGACUGGGGUUUCAUUUUGGAUUUCCACUUACAAGAGCUUAAAAACAAAGCCAAAAUCAUAUUGUAAAGCCUAAAAGUGUCUUCAGUGGCUUACAGGAAUUUUCUGAUUACGGGAAGGUAAAAGUACAGACUUUGUAUAGGAGUUGAAACGGCGUUUUGUGAAAACGGCUGUUUGUUGGCUGUAAGGAGGGCUGUCUUCUUCUGAAAGUGUCCAAUUGGAGAGCUUCCACUCCAAACGUAUGCUUAUCUGUAUGACUACAUGAAUUUGAACAAAGUACUUGUAUGAUUUUGUCUGUGACUACAUGUAUGCAAUUAAAAACUUCUUUUUUAGGUUUUUCUCACAUCAGAUCUGAGGACAAUCUUGGAAGAUUAUUCACAGCUAAAAGAGACAGGUUUGUCAGAUUUUCGUUUCUUUUGUCUUUAUCCAUACGUUUACAUGAACAGCUGUAAAAAAAGUUCAUAAUUUCAUUAUUAUAAUUAUUGCUCCUUCUUCCUUUUUUCUUAACCCAGAAUCACACCUUCAUGUUGUCGCUUGUCAUUGUUAUUAUUAUUAUUAUUUUUUCAUUAUUAUUAUUAUUAUUAUUAUUAUUAUUAUUAUACAGUCUA